CACAGUUUUAGUACCGCAAAUUUCUUGCACCGUAUAAGAUAAAGUUGAAAACGGUAAAAAGGUGAAAGAGCCUACACACUCAAAACAUGCAUAACGAUUGGUUGGGAUAUUUGUAUGCCGCCACAGUCACUGCCGGCGGUAUCAUGGGCUAUGCAAAGGCUGGUUCGAUUCCGUCUCUUAGUGCUGGGUUAGCGUUUGGAGCAUUGCUUGGAUACGGCGCCUAUCUAAACUCGCAGGACCCACCACGGCCGUUACUACAACUUGGAACUUCACUGUUCCUGGCGGGCAUGAUGGGAGCUCGUUGGAAUCGUUCUGGUAAAUUAAUACCGGCCGGAAUGGUAUGUGUUAUUUCUGUGGCAGCGGUGGUGCGGAAUUUGAUUACAUAUAAUAGGUAUUUGCCACUGCCUUCAAAGUAAACAUUACUUUGCUCAGUGUUGCUGAGGUACUAAAUCAUUUUUCAAAAAUCAGCAUGUAUGUGUACAUAAACUCGCUUUUAAAUAUCAAUCGCAAAAUAAAAAUGAUUUCAUAAGAUA